AGUAGUUGCAAUUUAUAUUUUUCAUCUCCUCAAUUGUGAGAUAAGAAGUGGGGUGUCAGUAAACAAGCCGCGGUGACGAAGUGGGAGGAGAGAGAAAAAAAAUCGAGUCCGAGGAACGUGCACAGAGAACUGCAGGUCUUUUCUCCUCGUAUCAGCCCAUCGAUACGGUGGCGCAGCAGAAGACACCCUUGCUGCGCUUAUAACCUCACUAGCAGAAGCUCGAGUUCUCUGACUUGCCCAUUUUUCCGGAUAUCGCAAAUAAUAAAUUACUUGGUGCUGAUUGUUCUUAUCUAGGCGAGUCAAGAUGAAGGUCUGGAUGUCAGAGCAUGUUUUCAAUCAUCCGUGGGAGACUGUUGCAGCUGCUGCGUGGAGAAAGUACCCGAAUCCGAUAACUCCGUCAGUGCUGGGCACAGAUGUCAUAGACAGAAAGAUCGUCAAUGGUGUCCUAUUUACACAUCGCCUUGUCUCCAGUCAGUGGGGUUUCCCUCGAUGGACAAAACCACUGAUAGGCGACUCCAACAUUUGCUACGCCAGCGAGAGGAGCGAGGUCGAUCCCGCCAACCGGCAAAUGGUCAUGAAAACGAGAAACCUUACCUUCUGCAACUACAUCACAUUCGACGAGACAGUCACGUACACGCCACAUCCCAAGGACGAGGGGAAAACACUUUUGACACAGGAAGCGGUCGUCAAAGUCCAUGGCGUGCCGCUCACUCACUACAUGGAAGACAUCCUCGCGUCCAAAGUCUCCUUCAACGCCGGAAAGGGUCGUCAAGCCAUCGAGUGGGUGAUUGACAAAAUCGACGCCGAGGUGAAGGACCUGGCCAACACGGCGGCCAAGACGACCGACGAGCUGCUCGAGUCGACGCGCCGUCAAUUGGACGAUCUAACGACCAUGACCAAGCGCAGCAUGGACGAGAUACAGAAAACGGCCAAAAAGUCAUUCGAGGAGGUGCACAACCUCGCGACGCCGCCGUCCUCCUCCUCGAUGCCGAAAUUAUAACUAAGGUUCCGCACUAGUUUUAACCUUUUCAAUUAGACCCUCGCCCGGGAGAGCGGAGGACUGCCCCGAAAAUCCCGCUUUCCACGGCUGGACGCAAUUUUCUUUCGAGAGGCUUCUGCUGCUGCGGAGGCGAACGUCGCGAGGAAUCCGCUUUUACGGUCGCUGCAGUCGACCGGAUCACGGAGGCGCGUCCCAUCUUUUGUGAGAAUCGAAACUCAGCAAGGCUCGUUCCUCCAUUUCGGUUUUCCGUUCUUGAAAAAUCUCUCGGCUCGUUAUGUUCACUGAUGCGCGUGGCCUUUUCUUGUCUUUAAAAUAGUUUUUCGAUCGAGUAACAUGAGCUUUUUGUGCGUUAUCACCUGUCAAGUGUCGUCUUGGUAUUAUUUCGGAUUUUCAAAAAUGUAGUAGUCGUUGCUGUGGACAUUUUUCAAGAACUCCUAGGGAAAUUUAGUUAUUGUUGAUUUUUAAUAUUUAUAUCAUGCAAAUUGCCUGCUGAGAUAAAUUUUAGUAAAUAUCAUCGUCAACGUUGAUUUGUACAAAUAAAAAAAAAAAAAUUAUAAUUAGGAUAUUAGUAAAAUCAAUUUUUAACGAAACACCAUCGGCUUUUGGUAGAUUUAAAUUCGAGUUGAUCUCAAAAUUGGCCAAUCUUGUUGAAAAAAAUUAAUCGGCAAUAUACUAAAAAUGAAAAAUUAUCUUUGUUGAUGAAAUUACUCGAACCUUUUUUUUUUUAAAAAAAAUAGGUGCGGUUUUUAAGGAUGUUGGAUUGGACCGAUGAUUUGGUAGGUGCCUUUUUUGUGCCGCUAAUUUGAAAAAAUGUUCAACAAAUUUUUACCCGACGCUAGAUUUUCUACACGAGAUUAAAACCGUUUUGCAAGAACUUUAACGUAUGAAAAAUAAGACUUUCUCGUUAAUCGAAGAGAUCGUGGUUUAAUUUUUUACGUCUAAGUUAUUUGUUUUUUGUAUAAAUAUUUCGAAAUGACUAACGUGUACUAUUUCACGUAAACAAACAAAUAUUUUCUGCUCGUUUUUGUUAUUCGUUGAUUGAAUAAUAAUGAAAAAAAAAAAAAAAAAAAGGAAAAUGUAUAAACAAUUUGUAAAAUGAUUUUGUCCAUGUAAAAUGGAACAACGAUACAUAAAAUGUUUCACGACUGAAACUGUUGAUUGAUGUAGCAAUAUUUGCUGAAAAAUAAAUCCGAACGUCAUAGAGUUGUAUGAAAACCGUUGUUGUAGCUCUAAGUUGAUAGUAGAAUAAACAUGAAUGAUAACACAA